UCUCCCCCUCAGCUGCAGCCCAUUUCUUGCUCUGAGGUCUCACAGUGGGGAAAGCAGGGAUGAAGCUACUUUCAGCAGCUGCUUUUGCACUCUUAGUGCUCUAUGCCUUUGACCAGGCAGACUCCUCAGCUUAUGACAAGAUCGUUGCCCAUAGUCGUAUUCGAGCAAAGAAAGAAGGACCGAAUGUCUGUGCUCUGCAGCAAGUCAUGGGGACAAAGAAGAAAUACUUCAGCACUUGCCGUAAUUGGUACCAAGGGGCAAUAUGUGGAAAGAAAGCGACUGUGUUGUAUGAGUGUUGCCCAGGUUACAUGAAGCUUGACGGUAUGCGUGGCUGUCCUGCAGUUGCUCCCAUUGACAACGUUUAUGGUACGCUCGGCCUGGUGAAGGCCACAACUACCCAGGAGUACUCUGCUCUAUCCAAGCUACGAGAAGAGAUUGAAGGCGCUGGAUCAUACACCUUCUUCGCACCCAGUAAUGAUGCCUGGGAGCUUCUCGACCAGGAGGUGAGGAGUGCUCUGGUGAGCAAUGUUAAUAUUGAACUGUACAAUGCUCUGCACUACCACAUGAUCAACAAACGUCUCCUCACCAAAGAUCUCAAGAAUGGAAUGACCCCCACCUCCAUGUACAAUGACUUGAGCGUGUUAAUCAAUCAUUACUCCAAUGGGAUUGUCACUGUGAACUGUGCCAGGAUCAUUCAUGGCAACCAGGUUGCCACCAAUGGUGUGGUGCACGUCAUUGACCGCGUCAUCACAGCAGUUGGUAACACCAUUCAGGAUACGAUUGAAGUGGACGAUGAACUGAGCACUUUGAGUACUAUGGCUACUGCCUCAGGUCUCAUUGAGAAGUUGGGUGAGCCCGGACACUUUACACUGUUUGCCCCCACCAACGAGGCCUUUGAAAAGCUGGACAGAGAGGUCAUUGACAGACUUAUGGAAGACAAAGUAUCCCUCCAAGCUUUCCUCAACUAUCAUCUGUUGAACUCUGUUCAGUGCUCUGAGGCCAUCAUGUCAGGCACCUCUUAUGAGACUCUGGAGGGCAGCAACAUUGAGAUUGGCUGUGAUGGAGACAGUCUCACCGUCAACGGCAUUAAGAUGGUCCUCAAGAAGGACAUUGUCACCACCAAUGGAGUCAUCCACCUCAUCGAUCAAAUCCUCAUGCCAGAAUCUGCUAAACAGGUUAUGGAGUUGGUUGGACAAUCUCAGGCUACCUUUAGUGACAUGUUGAUUGAACUGGGCUUGUCUGAAGCCAUGAGACCCCAGGCUGAGUACACGCUCCUAGCCCCACUUAAUGCAGCCUUCAACGAUGAGGUGAUGUCCAUGGACCAGAGCUUCCUAAAGAUCAUCCUGGAAAACCACGUCCUGAAGAACAAGAUUGUGCUGAGUCAGCUGUACAACGGUCAACGCCUUGAAACCCUGGGAGGGAAAUUUCUCAGAGUCUUCGUCUACCGCACAGCUGUCUGCAUUGAGAACGCUUGCUUGAUCCGCGGAAGCAAAGAAGGAAGGAAUGGUGCGCUCCAUCUCAUGAAAACCCUGAUCACUCCAGCGGAGACCAGCAUGUACCAACUUCUGUUUAAAAAUGGAUCCUUCAAGAUCUUUUUGUCUUUAAUGGAGACAGCUGGUUUGACCGAUCUACUGAAACAGGAUGGAGAUUUCACACUCUUUGCUCCCACAGAUGAGGCUUUUGCCGGGCUCAGUGAGAGAGACUUGUCUCUUUUGAAGAGUGACGUUAAUGCCCUCAGAGCCAUCCUACUGUAUCACUUCAGCCGGGGCGUUUUCAUUGGUGGAGGUUUGGAGUCUCGUGUGACUAACCUCCUAAAAUCCCUGCAGGGCAGCAAUCUCAAGGUUUUGUACGCAAACGAGAGCAUGCAGGUGAACACUGUGAAAGUUCCAGAGUCUGAUCUAAUGGCCACAAAUGGAGUUAUCCACUUCGUCAGGUCUCUUCUAUUCCCUGAGGAUAUUCCUGUCGGGAGCCAGGAACUCCUCUCACUCCUGAGAAGGAUCAUCCGAUACAUCCAGAUUAAGUAUGUUUCAGGAUACAGAUUUCAAGAGAUCCCUCUGACAUUUAUGACAAGAAAAAUCAUCACAGUCCCCGGUGAUGUUACAAAAGUCACCAGAGUCAUCCAGGGAGAGCCCACUAUCACCAAGGUGACACGGGUCAUUGAGGGCGAGCCGACCAUAAUGAAGGUUACACGUGUGAUUGAAGGUGAACCCACAAUAACUAAGGUUACCAGAGUAAUUGAAGGGGAACCAUCUCUCACCAAAGUCACCAGAGUCAUUGAAGAUUUUGGCGAAAACUCUGAGGACAUCACUAGAUUCAUUCAAGAGGGAACAAGAAUAGUUCCUGGAAGAAGAGUGCAAGAUGUACCUCGGAGGAGAACCAGAAUGGCCAGUGCAAAGUAGGCCAAGUGAGCGCAUGAACACAAGACCUAAAUAGUUAACAGGUAUUCAAGGAACAAACCAUAUUCUUCCUACAUUUACUUGUCCAAUGGUUCAGAAUUUACCUGGUUUGAGCAGGGUUUAAGGCAAAAUAAAAAUCAAGAAUGCUAAUUCCUACUUACUUUGUUUUCCCGAGAUGACUUCAUUAUUUUUGUUCAGUUAUAUUUGAUCAGAAAAGGGAUGUUACAUUGUUUCCCAUAUGUAAAUAGUAUUUUUUUUUUAAUUUUUUUUUUUUUUAUUGUAAAGUGCAGUUUCAAACUUUUGUUGCAGAAAUGUGUUAAUACAAAAAAUCUAGUGUGCUUUUUGAUGAUUUGCAUAAUACACAUUGCUUAAUGAUUUGUACAACCAUGUGGAGUGCAUCCAAGCCAAAAAUCUUUUUUUUUUCUUUUCUUUUUUUUAAAUGGAGGUGUGCAUAUGAAAGUUGUGGUGUGGGGAACAGUUAAAAAUACCUUAAAACCAGCAAUAUGAAUUUAAUGUUUGGGGAUAUGGUUUACUAGUGCAUUUACAAUGAUUUUAUGGUGUUCGUGUUUAGCAAUGCAAAGUAUUAAAUAAAUACUGAAUCAUGUUUGCAAAUUGUUUUGUUAAAAAAAUAUCUGAAAUCUUGUUUUUCUUUCCGAUGUGGUGAUGGUUUGGUAUUUCUUCCUCCGUGUUUUUUGUGUGUGUCUAAUUACAGAUUUGAACAGAUUUUAUAACGUGCAACACAAUGCUUUGUUUGAAAAGUCAAUGCUAUAUCUCAAACCGCAUCUUCAUGUUACUUGUCAAUUUUUUACGAGAUGAAGUGUUGGCACAUUCCGUUUAUUUUACAAUUUCCUUCAUAAACUCAACUUUUAGAUAUGAAAUUGUGUUUAAGUCAAUUUUUUUUAUAUAUUCAAGCAUUCACCAUAAAACAUU